UGUGGAUAAUUUGACGAAAGAUUAAAAUAUCGUAGUUUUAUUCUUAUAGUUUUUAAUUAAGAUUUUAUUUUAAAAUGUACUUAUCAUACAAAUUAUAUGAUAUUUUGUUUGCGUUUUGUUUAAUAAAAAGGGAGAUAAAUCUAUUUUCUGAAUAAAUUAAGAAUCCAUGACAGCCCAUGGUUUGUUAAAUAAUUGUAAUAACCUUGAUGUUUUAACAUGGAACAAGUAGAUGAAGAACAGAUUGAUACCGUACAGAUAAAACCAGAAAAUACACAAUUAUCUUCUUCAUUGGAUUCAGAAACAAAUAUUAAUAACGUAACAAAUAUUCCUGACAAUCAGGAAAGUAGUUCAUCAGAUUACACCAAUAAUGUAAUUCAAAAUGUUUUUCCAAUAAAUGAAUGUGAUAUAAAAGAAGAUGUAAAAAUUGAAAUAAUAGAUAAUUUAUAUAAUUAUACUGUCAAUGAGUCACAGCAAGAGGUAGUAAAUCAUGAUACACAAAUCGAUGAUAAUCAGUACAAAAAGAAUGAAAAGGAAAAUAAAGAAAACCAAGUAAAUGAUUUAACUGAAUGUAAGCAUGAAUCCACAGAAGGUGCAUCUUUAGAUGAAGAAAGUACAAAAUUUUCAAAUAAUACAGAGUUAAUUAAUAUAGAUAAGAAUAAACAAAAUUUUGAAAAGCAUGAUGUUUGUACAGUGUUAAACAUAGAUACAGUUGGCGAUACUAAUGCUCAGUGUCAAGCAUUAAUUAAGACAUUAAGUCAAACUUUUGAAGACAAGGACCAAUCUUUGCAUGAUGCAGACGCAAAUGCAGAUUUAUCUACAUUAAAUGAUGGUAAUUCAGAAGUUAUGGUAGUGACUGUAGAAACUGUACGUAUCAAUGAUUCAAAUGAAUCCACAGAAGAAAAUAUUGUUCUUACUGUACGUGAGAAGGAUGUAGCAGUAGGUUCCAAUGAAAAUGGUACUUCAGUGAAUGAAAAAAAGAUAAAGGAUGGAGAAAUUGUAAAUGAAGAAUUUAAUCUGAUAGAUUAUACACAAGAAAAUGAGGGAACUAUAAUAGAGGUAAUUUCGACAGAAGUUGUAGAUUCAGAAAUACCUGAAACAUACAAAAAAGAAAUCUUAAACCGUACUGUUUCUGAGAAAGAUUCUAUAACUUCUACCACAUCAGAAGAAGUAAAAUCACAAAUUCCGAAUAAUGCUAGUGUUUAUAGUAAUAAAAUAGAAGGAAGAUAUAACAUUGGUGAAGAAGAUAAGAUAAAACUGGCAGAGAUAAAAGAUGAAGGCAAGACUGAAAUUUGUGAUAGUUCAUUUAAGAGUAGCGAAAUUGUCGUUAGUAAGGUUGUCACACCUGUACAUGUAGAUAAUCUACAAGAACAAAAUAUAUCUACCAAUGAGGUGAACAAAAUUAAUGCAAGUAAUAAAAGAAGCGUAAUUCAAGAUAUUUUUGAUGACUGGCGGGACGAGAAUGCAGAAGAUGAUAAUCAAUCAGCAUCUAAAAUGCAAGACACUGUAGAAAUUGAACUGAAAACUUUAUUAAAUGAUACAAAAACAAUACAGACAAUAGAAGAGGAUGCAGUUGUACUAGUUGAAGAAGAGGUCACACGUUUAAAAGAAGAGUUUGCUGCAGGUGCUAAAAAAGUUACAGAAGAUGUGGAGAUUGUUAAAGAAAAUAAAGAUGCACAAAUAUCAAAAGAACAAAUAAGUAAUAAUCAGCCUGUAAACAAACAGGUUCAAAAUAAUAUAAAACCAUCGCAUAAGGAUCAAGUUAAUUCUUUGGUAUCACAGAAUUCUGAACACACUGUAAAAGACACAACUAAUGAUUCAGUUACAUGUAGUCAAAUAUCAUCGUCACAAACACCAGUUAUGACUGUUAGUCGUGGUCGUAAUUUAACUAGCCAAAUAGCUUCACCAGCUGAAGUAACAGAAGCAUUGAAGGAAAGGCUUCGUGAGAAACAGAAAAUUGUUGAAGCACCGCCUGGACCUGAUAUAUUUUUUGUGAAGAAACUAACUCAAAGAUUAUCAAGUAAGUUAGCAGGUAGUCCAGCAAGUUCUUUACCAGCUCUUAUACCAUUACCUCAAUCUGUUACUCAACCAUCUACUCACUGUGACAAAAAAUCAAUAGAUAAUACAAGUGCAGCAGCUAGCAAAGAAAGUAGUUCUGAUAAUAAAGAAUUGUUAGCCAUAUUGGAAGGUGAUGUUGAUCCAGAUUGGUCAAACUUAAAGCCGCCAACUUUAACUGAAGAGGGAAAAAAUCCAAUAAAUGUUGAACAUAGUGGUCAUAACACACCGCCAAAACUUGAUCCUUUGAUUGAACGAGAAUUAGCAUUAAAACAACUUCUAGAAUUACCUGUUAAUCCCGUCAAAAGGAGUGCACCAAGGAAAAAGAAAACAUCUAAACCUAGUGAAGUUUCUAAAGAAGUAGAAGCAAAACCCAUAUCCGAUAUAAAAAAACAAAUUGUGAAUAUCGAUUUAAUAGAUGAAACUACUGAAUCCUCUGUAAAAGAUACAAACCCUGAGUCUGAGUCUGAGUCCUCUCCUACGAUUAUUGAGCAGCAUACUUUAGAAAAAAGUAUAGAAUCAAAUGUGCAAGAUGUACGACUGGAUGAAUCGAGAUCCGGAAGAAAACGGAAACCUACCGAAAAAGCUAGAGAGCAUGAACAACAACAAAAUAUUGUAAAACGACAGAAGAUAAACAAAAGUAAAACUUUUAAAAAGCAGAUCCAAGAAAAGAUGUCACAAAUUACAGCGGACGUUAGUUUAACUGAAGAUCAUGUAUCUGAGGAAAAUAUUUUACCUGCUAAUAAUAUACAAUGAUGUUGAUGUUACAAUAACAAAGUGGUAACAAACAAACAGGGUGCAGAUAAUAAUGAUAAAGUUGAUUCGGUACUGAAUAAAUCUGAGAAUAUACUUUUAAAACGUCCAAAACAAAGUCUUAGUAAAAAGGCAUCACAAUCUAUUACUACAAGAAAUAUGGUGGUAAAGAAAUUUUGAGGCCAAAUAUGCCUUCUAAUAAAAAAGCUAUUAGUUUUAAAAACAAAACUGAAUACACCAUCAAAAAAGACUGGAUCAAAAAUUGUUUCAAAAUCAAAACGGGUAGCAGAGAACAACCCUGGAGAUUCUAAACCGAAAAAGAAGAUCAUAAAUGAAAUAGAUAGAUUACUUCAAGUCGAAGGUGUUGUAAAUUUAUUAUACGAUGUGGAACAACCAGAUAAAAAGCGAUUAAUUCCUAUUACCAAGUCCCAAGCAAAAGUUAUGGAUAUACAGAAAGUACAACGUGAACUUAAAAUUAGAAAAAAAUUGGUACGUAAUGCCGUUUUAAGAUUACGUACUUCGACAUCGGGUGUAUCAAAAGUUUCGCCAAGAUCUAAAAGAACGUCUGUGUAUUUAAACGACAUGCAUUUAGAUAAGAAAAUUGGGGAUCAAGUUACAACUGUAAAACCAGUUAAUGAAACAUCUCAAGAAUUUAUUUUACCUGCAAAAAUAAGGAAUGCAGCGGACGCAUCUGUUAUAAUUAGAAGACAUUCAUCUAGUUCGUUUUCCAGUGCAUCUGGAAGUCCUAGAGUUAGUAUUGAUAGUUCAGAAAAGAAUGAUGGAGUUAAAAUUAUUGACGAAGGAGGGUCUCAUUCUUUAAGAUCUACAAAGAGAAGACUUUCGCAAGAGGAUAAUAAAACAAAUGCAAAGAAAAUUAAAAAGAAGACUGUACCAAAAAUAGAUAGAACCAUUACUAUCGAUACCAGAGAAGAUAAAAUGAUUUUUCCUCCGCGUCCGAAUAAAAAAUCAGAUCCAAAGAAAACUGAUAAUAAAAGUUCUAAGCAAUCAGAAACUACUCUAAUAAAUGAAACAAAUAGCGGUUUAGGCAAAGUUAUCACACGAUCGAAUGGUGCAGCUACAGGUAAGGUAACAUCUAAAACGAAGAAAACUGCAAAGAACAACAAAGUUACAUUUGCUAAAGCAAAUGAACAGGAUAAUGAAGAAUUUUCCAAAGAGGAAGAUGAGCUUUCAGCUUGCCUUGCAGAAGCUGCAAAUGCUCUUUCAGUAGUCAGUGCUGGAAGUAGAUCAGGAAGUUCAACGGCAAAUCGUAAAAGCAAAGUAAAUGCAAAUAUUAUGAAGGUAGUGGAAUUAGAUAAUAAAACAAAAAUGGAAACUCGUAGUCAGUUCAGUAAUAAAGAAAUCAACGUACGCCGACACGGUAAUCUUGUCCAGUUAAUACUUACACCGUCAUCUUCAACAAAAAUAAGGAAUGCUCUCACUCUGCAGGUGAUGCAAGAGUUUCGCGAAACAUUAUCAAUUUUAAGAAAAGAUGAUGACUGUAGAGUUGUUUUACUAACGUCAACAGGUAGCAGUUUUUGCGAAGGUAUUGAACUUUUCCUACUAUUGCAUGCAAACAAAGAAGAACGGCGAAUUCGUGCCCAAGAAGUGGCGGAUGCUGUUAAAGAUUUUAUUAAAACUUUAGCAUCAUUUAAUAAACCUAUUGUGGCUGGAGUUCAGGGUUCUGCAGUUGGACUUGGAGUAACAAUGUUGCCUUUGUUUGAUCUUGUGAUAGCUAGUGAUAAAGCAACAUUCAGUACACCUUAUGGGAAGUUGGGGCAAAUUGCUGAAGGUGCUGCUGUUUACACGUUAUCACAUAUAUUAGGAAGUGCAAUUACAAGUGAAUUAUUAUUAGGUGGAAGAACACUAACCGCUAGUGAAGCAUUAAGAGCUGGUCUUGUUACUCGAGUUCUAUGGCCUGAUAGAUUUCAAGUGGAAUUAUUACCAACUUUAAAAGCCAUGAGUGAACAAUCUUCACAGUCUAUGGAAGCUACAAAAACACUGCUACGACAUAGUUUGCGGAAAAAAUUAGAUGCAGCAUUGGAAUCAGAGACCUAUUUACUGAUCCAACACUGGUGUUCCAUAGAAUGUCAAAAUGCCAUAAAGGCUUAUAUCGAUGGAAAAGUUCUGUGAAUACACAAACGGUAACGAUCGUUUUCUUUGUAUAUCUAUUUUCGCUUACUUUUACUUAAAACUUAAAAAGAAAUAACAAGGAUAUUAAGUAUAAAUGAGGCAAAUAUUUUGAUGAAGUAUUACACGUGGCAGUAACAGUUUUAUAAUAUGUAUAACAAUAUGAAAAUGUAAAUACAUAUUUGUCACCUGUUAUCUAUAAUUUGUAUAAGAGAUUGUAUAAUAUAUUCUUCCUUCCUAAAAGAAAUUGUUUUAAAAUUAGUUCUUACAUUUAUCAUUGCAUAAAAUAAAUUUAAUUAAUUAUGUUCUUGUUGUGCAUUGUUUAUAACAUUGAAGUUUAUUGUUGAUGAUAAUUAUAUAAAGUUAUGAUUUAUAUGUGGUUUAUAUCAGUGAAUUAACAAUAAAUUUAAUCUUAAGAAACUGUAAAAUACGUAUAUAUUAAAAAUAUGAUUGUGUGCUACAGAUGUCCAACGAUUUGAAUGGAAACACUAGUGUUAUAUUCCAACACAGCUAAUAUUGUUAAUUAGGUGUGAAGAUUAAUAACGAGCUAAUUCGUUUGGGAACCUUAAAGUGAACAAAGAAAUCAUAACUCUGAUGUGUUAUUUUACAUCACGCACGAUUUUAAUAUAAGACGUAAAAUACUGAAUCAACUAAUCAGAUGAACUAUUUUAAUAUUAGAAGAUUUAGAUAUGAUAGAUUUAUAUGCGUACUUUAGUACAUAAUAGGUUGAGAGGCGUUUAGCCUUUCAUUGCUUUUAAGUUAUGUUUUACAUAAUAAUAAAAAAAAAAAAAAGAUGUGUUUCAAAAAUAAUACAUGUUACUUUAAUCAUUUAUCGUUGCUUUGCGUUUGAUGAGCUCAAUCAUGUUAGGUAAUUAUUGAAAAAUUCGAAAGUAAAGAUUUAUAACUUGAGUUUAUUUUAUUACAUUCCCUUUAUAUUCUAUUGUAAAAGAACUUAAAUACUAAAAAUGAAUAUGACACUGAUUAAAGUAACAAAUGUGUUUGUUGAACCAUGUAACAUACAUAUAUCAUAUUUCUUUUUUAUAAACUGCAUAACUAAUUUAUGUUAUUUGAGAUACAUAUUUCCUCAUGAGUGGACCUCAUUUUGUGCAUACGUGUGCAUGAGUGAUUGAGUGCGUGUGUAUGACAUGUAAACUUUUCAUAGAAUAUUCAUAUUCUAGAUUAAUGAAACGACCAUUGUAAGCACUGGAGUGAAUUUGUGUUCUCUGCAUACACAUUAACAAAUUUUAAACUGAAUUAUACGUUCGAAUUUAAUUUAUGAUUCUUUUGUAUUCUACAUAUAAUCUUGUGCCUUGGUGAAAUUAUAAGAGUUUUUAAAAAUAGAUGGUAACAGAUCUUUAUAAUUUGCGCUUAAAGAAGUAGGAGUAUAUUUAAUUGGUUGUUGCAAUUAUUAAAGAUAUAUUAAAUUUGUUCUGCUUAUUUUUGAUGUAUUAAAAUUAUAGAUUUUAUUAGUAUUUUAUUUGGGUAUCCCAUAAAUCUCAAAUACAAAGAACAUGUGAAUACAAAGUUAUUUUAAUGUGAUGCAUCCUAUACGAGAUACGAUAGUAUUGUACCGUUAAAUACGUACUUGAAAAAGGAUUUAUUUAUUUAUUUUUUCUUUUUUCCAAUGAAGUGAACUAUUUAGUUUUUUUCUAAAACCAAUACUACAACGUAUAGAAUGCACAUGAUUGAGGAUUUUAGGAGGGCUAUAAAAUAAGACUCAAGGAAACAUUGAGAAAUUUCAUUAAAUACUGUUCAAAAACAUGGAGUAUGUUGUAAAGAAUACAGUCGCUCUUGUACAAAUGUUACACAUGUAAGAAUAAGCCAUUCUAAACAUAUUGUAUUAUCAUUGAAUACAAAGCCCAUACAAAUAUAAAGGAAAUAUUCACAAGCCAA